AAAAAUAAAAUAAAAGAAAGAAUAAUUGGGGAAUGUAGUAGAUGGAACAAAUCGAAGGAAGUAUAAAGUCGCGCACCAUUCAAAAUCUAACGUCAGAUAAAGCACAACUACGGUGGCGUCUCUCUAGUUUGUGAAGCCCCUUUCGAUUUGGUUAGCGAAGAAAUUAAAGCAUCGGCAAGAUGGCUUAUGAGUUAACUGAACAAAAAAAGAUUGGCCUGGGUCUCGUUGGUUUUGGCAUCUUCUUCUCCUUUCUUGGCAUAAUUCUCUUUUUCGACAGAGGUUUGCUAGCUCUUGGUAAUAUAUUUUGGUUGGCUGGUGUAGUCCUUUUACUCGGUUGGCGUUCCACAUUGAAUCUGUUCACAAACAGAAGUAACUAUAAGGGUUCCAUCGCAUUUCUACUUGGGAUAUUCUUUAUAUUCGUUCGUUGGCCAGUAGUUGGUAUAAUUGUGGAAAUGUAUGGCUGCAUAGUCCUUUUUAGUGGUUUCUGGCCGUCUGUCAAGGUCUUCAUUUAUCAGAUUCCAGUAUUUGGAUGGAUUCUACAGUAUCCUAUUCUGUGCAUUAAUGUGUAGGAAUUAUGACUGCAUGAAUGGUUUGCACAUGGAGGAUAUGGAGCCUAGAAGCAUGUACCUAUUGUUAGCUGUUCACAUUAAGCUAUAGCCUAGCAAGAUAUGGAUGCUAGGCUAUUCGAGUAUAAAGACACUGAAGGAAGUCUAUUUGAGUAUAAGUUUGCGAAGUUUGAAUAAUUCAAGUCAUAUGGUUCUCUCAGUAACCCAUUGGACUGAAAAAUUCUCCACUCUGCACUUAAUCAUAAGGCAGCUGUUUCCCGUCUUGUCUUUGCUUAUAUGGAUGUUUGGCAGAAUUAUACCUUUGUGACUCGCAAGUUUGAUAUGUUAAUUGCUGGCCUAUUAUACUGA